UAAAACCUUAAAAUCAUUUCCAAGGAUAAAAACGAGUAGCUGCAGCAUAUCCAUUAACAAAUUGCCGCCGCUGUUAAUAACAUUUGGCCACCUUUUGGUUUAACAGACACAGCGUGCUGCAAGAGCAACAACAACGUGGAAUCGGAAUGGGUGACAACGUGGUGUCGGAAUUAAAUAAUUUGGAUUUGAAUAAGCAAAAGGCAUCUAAGAUGAAGAAGGAGAAAAAGGAGAAGCCAGCUGCAGGCGGCGGCGACAGUCGUAAAGAGCUUAAUCCGUGGCCACAGUACAUUGAGGAGCGAAACGUUUUCUGGGAGAAAUGCAAGGCCGAGUAUCUUGCCGAGUUGGCUGCUAAGCCACGUGUGGCCAUCAAAGUAACACUGCCCGAUGGUAAACAGGUGGAUGCCACCUCCUGGGAGACCACGCCCUACGAUGUAGCAAGCGGCAUUAGCAAGGGUCUGGCCGAUAAUACCAUUAUAUCCAAGGUAAAUGGCGAGGUUUGGGAUUUGGAUCGCGUUCUAGAGGGCGACUGUAGUCUGCAGCUGCUCAAAUUUGACGAUCCGGAUGCACAGGCCGUCUUCUGGCACAGCUCCGCUCACAUUAUGGGCGAGGCCAUGGAGCGCAUUUAUGGCGGGCAUCUAUGCUACGGCCCGCCUAUUGAGAGUGGUUUCUACUACGACAUGCAUUUGGAGGGCGAAGGCAUCUCGACGAAUGAUUACGGCACCAUGGAGACAUUGGUCAAGCAGAUUGUCAAGGAGAAGCAAAACUUCGAGCGACUGGAGAUGAAGAAGUCUGAUUUGCUGGAGAUGUUCAAGUACAAUGAGUUUAAGGUGCGAAUUCUCAAUGAAAAGGUAACCACAGAUCGCACCACGGUCUACAAGUGCGGAUCCUUGAUCGAUCUGUGUCGUGGUCCGCAUGUGCGUCACACCGGCAAGGUUAAGGCCUUGAAGAUCACCAAGAACUCGUCAACCUAUUGGGAAGGCAAAGCCGAUGCGGAGACACUACAGCGCGUCUAUGGCAUAUCAUUCCCGGAUCCCAAGCAGCUCAAGGAAUGGGAGAAACUGCAGGAGGAGGCAGCAAAACGUGAUCAUCGCAAGAUUGGCCGGGAGCAGGAGCUCUUCUUUUUCCAUGAACUCUCCCCGGGCUCGUGCUUCUUUCAGCCACGAGGUGCACACAUCUACAACACGCUGAUGAACUUGAUACGAGGCGAGUACAGAAAGCGCGGAUUCCAGGAGGUCAUCUCGCCAAAUAUCUACAAUGCCAAACUGUGGAUGACAUCCGGCCACUGGCAGCACUAUGCGGACAACAUGUUCUCCUUUGAGGCGGAGAAGGAGAAGUUUGCGCUGAAGCCCAUGAAUUGUCCCGGUCAUUGCCUGAUCUUCGACAAUCGCAAUCGGUCGUGGCGUGAGCUGCCGCUGCGCAUGGCUGACUUUGGUGUGCUCCAUCGCAACGAACUGUCCGGCGCAUUGACUGGCCUGACACGUGUUCGCCGUUUCCAGCAGGAUGAUGCGCAUAUCUUCUGUGCGCCAGAGCAGAUCAAGAGCGAAAUGAAGGGCUGUUUGGACUUCUUGCGUCAUGUGUACACCAUCUUUGGCUUCUCCUUCCAGCUGGUGCUGUCCACACGGCCAGAGAAGUAUUUGGGCGAGCUGGAGCAGUGGGAUGCCGCUGAAAAGGCAUUGGCUGAAUCUCUCAAUGAGUUCGGCAUGCCGUGGAAAGAGAAUCCCGGCGAUGGCGCUUUCUAUGGACCCAAAAUUGAUAUUACCAUUAUGGAUGCACUGAAGCGUCCAUUCCAGUGUGCUACCAUACAGCUGGACUUCCAGUUGCCCAUACGCUUCAAUCUCAACUACAUUGCCGAUGAUGGCGAAAAGAAGCGUCCCGUUAUCAUACAUCGCGCCAUUCUUGGCUCUGUGGAGCGCAUGAUUGCUAUACUCACCGAGAACUAUGCCGGCAAGUGGCCAUUCUGGCUUUCGCCGCGACAGGUCAUGGUUGUGCCGGUGGGCCCCGCCUACGAUGAGUAUGCGAAAACUGUGCGCGAUCAGCUCUAUGCCGCUGGCUUCAUGAGCGAGGCCGACUGCGAUGCUGGCGACACGAUGAACAAGAAGAUACGCAAUGCUCAGCUGGCGCAAUUCAAUUUUAUUUUGGUGGUGGGCGACAAGGAGCGCUCCUCGAACACAGUGAAUGUGCGUACCCGUGACAACAAGGUGCACGGCGAAGUAUCUGUAGCGGAACUCAUUACCAAGCUGCAAAAGAUACGCGACGAGUAUAUCACAAAUGAGGAUAACUUCUAGGCCACGCUCCUUCACUAAAAUGUACUCUAUUUAUAUAUCCAAAAUAUGUAUACCUAGCUUUGCAAAGCAAACGACCGGCAUUUUUCAGUUGUAUUUUACGCUUACAUUCAUGAAAUCCUCAAAUAAAUUAUAGUCCCAACAAGGGCCAACAAAUUA